AUGAUACAGGGUAAAAAUCCUAGAUCUGUUCUUGUGACAAUGAAUAUUUGUAAUGAGCAACCAGCUUUAAUUAAAAGUUCACAAGUAUAUGAAGUUCAUAGUGAUGGUGAUUAUUGGCAAGCUAUGGAAAAACUUGAUAUUUUUUUGGACAUAUUAAUUGUUGAUUUAAACGGUGCUUUUGGUGAAACAGAUCAUCAAAAAAUUAGCGUAGAAACAUCAUAUUUAUACCGGAGGUGAAAUCCACAAUUAGCUCUUGCUAAAGUAAUGGAAGAAUUUUGGGAAGUGAUAGCGAGUCAUCAAGAUUAUCAAACUUCUGAAUGUAGUGAUUUAUUUGUUCAUCUUGUUACGUAUCUGAACGUAAUUCGUGUAACAAUGGAAGAUAUUGUGAAUGAACUGAAUGCACGACGAUAUGCACCUAAAACAUGUACUACACCGAAAUAUACUGAUAAAACAGAUCAAUUUGCUAAAGAACAAUUAAGAAUUAAAAUAAUUCGACAAUCAGGUAGAAGUCUAUGCGUUAAAGUAGAAAUUAUCGAUCGAAAUAAAUUUUGUAAAUAUCGGGUGUCCCAGGAAUAA